AUGGGCUAUACGUGGUUCCUUUGCCAGUGCCAGAUUGGCCUCUACGCCAUCGACGCCGUGCCGCUGCUGACCAAAUCUCUCACCGUCCUCCGCGCGGCCACCGCAAGAAGGGAGCAUGAGGUGACCGGCGGAUACCACACCAUGGGGUCGGACUGGCAGCACAUCGACCCGGUCUUGUGGGUUGUCAUGUGCUGCCUGUUUGGCCUGGCGUAUUUCUAUCUCCUGGUCCGCAUGGCGAGGACCUGCGAAGAGUUUCUCCUGUUGUCUGAAGCCCACGCCUUGAGCCAAGGAUUGCGGCUCCGUCCCAUCUUUCGUUCACGAUGGCCCGCCUGGCAGCGACAGAGCCCAGCGAAGAGGAAGGCACUGCUUGCUCCCGUUGCACUGACGAUCAUCGCCGUCAUCGUGGCGACCAUUGGGCUGCCCUGGGGAGGGACUAUCGUGCCCCUGGGGCCUUCAUAUCCCCUCUCCGUCCUCAAUGAAACCUUCUACUACGGUUUGACGCAGGAGAGGAUCGCCAAUCCUCACCGUGCGGCGGAACCGGAAUAUGGAGUCGAGGGCCAACCUGUACCGACCUUUCUCCGGAACAGCGCCCUCUACCUUGCGGCCGACCAGCUCGACGAACUCGACGCUCUCCUCGAGACAAGCACGGAGAAAAUACGCCAGCGAUACUCGUCGUCACCACGGCACCGCCCGGGCUCGAGACACGGCGAGAUCACCAGAGACGUGGAACAGGUAGACGACAAGCCCUUCCGCCUUGGCCAGAACCUCUUCAAGACAACAGCCACCGAGGGCCUCGGCUUCGCCACGACCACCUUCUUCUCGGAGCUCAACACAACUCGCCUAGGCCUCCCCUCGUACCUCGCGCCACGCGACCUCGAGGGUCUGAUGUACUCCAACAACGUCACGACAAACUGCUACGACGUCACGACGCGCUAUCUCUUCCGCGACCUGAAGCUGCCGUCGGACCCGUUCGCGCUGCACCGCAUCGGAAGCCUGGUGGACUUUAGCCGCUGGCUCGACCAGCCGCGCGUGACGCCGGCGAACGCGACGGCCGAGCCCGUGCGCGACGACGACGACGACGACAUGGGCACGAGCUUCUACGUCUCGUACACGGACGGCGGGACGAAGAACGUCUUCACGGCCAUGCAGGUGCUGUUCUUCCGCCCGGCGGACCCGCGGGUCCUCGAGUGCGGCUACUCGGUGGCCGAGUUCAAGCGGCCGGCGUCGCUGCACCGGCGCGGCGCCGUCGUCGAGGGCGCCCCGUUCGUCGUGGCCGGGCAGUGUCUCGACGGGCUGUUCGCGUAUCCGCCGGCCGCGGCCGUCAACCACCUGCUGCGGCGGCGGGGCAACGCGCUCGCGCGGGCGGCGCAGGCCUGGCACCCGCGGAACAGGAGGGCGCUCGAGGCCGUGCUGGGCGAGGUGGCGCAGGGCUACUACAGUCUUUUGCGGCAGCGGGUCGAGAGGGCGGACCUGCGGCUGACGGCUGAUCAGGUGGCGGAUGAGAGGGCCGUGUGGAAGAAUGUGGGCAUCAUGCUGCGGACGGACCUCAACGAGUGGAUGAGGGACAUUUGCGUGUUCGUCCUGCAGAUGAUGAGGUAUGUUUUGCAGUUCCUGAUGGUACGGGCGUAUGUGCCCACGUUGCUACGGUGGUUCAGCUUCGCGAGACCACUGGGCUACGAGACGGGCGAGGCGCCAGAGCAAGAGGAGGUAAAGGAUGCGAAAGAAAGGACCGGGGAAGACACUGGCUCAGAUAAAUCUGCUUGGGAAAAGCCGCCAGCAAAAGAGUCUUCCCAGGAGACGGUGUGA